CUUCCGCGUUCCUCACAUAGCAACAGCAGCCGAGCCAAAAUGGCGACCAGUGGAGAUCCUGCGUGACAUCGAACCGAGUCACAGCACCGAAACCUGCGGUUCCCGGACAGCGGCGUCUCGCCAUGGCCUCCGCUCACGGGCGGCUGGGUCAGCACUUUCUGGCCGUGCUGGAUGUGGCUCUGCGGGUCCCGAGCAUCUUUAUAAUCGACGCGAUAUUCAACUCAUACUCGGAUCCCGGUACCGGAUGGAGCGGAACCGCCGGAAGAGCGUUAAUCCGCGCGCUGGGUAUUCUGGUCUCCGGUGUGGUUCUGGUGCUUUCCCAGAAGUCCCUGUUCAAGUUCUACACCCUGGUGGCGGGCGUUCUGCUGGGCGCGGCCUCGGUUUUGCUCAACUACUACGGCACGUCUCCGGCGGUGGCGCUGCUGCCGCUGCGUAACGGGCCGACGCUCUGGCUAGCGAUAGCGCUGUUGCAGCUACUGCUAGGACUGGGGUACGUGGCGCUGCUGAACGUGCAGUCGCUCUGCGCCGCCCUGCUGGUGGCGGACAUCAUGGCACCACUGUGUGGGAUGGCGGCGGAGCUGCCGGCGGACGCACGGAAGACGUUAGCGCUGGCGUCCGGAGCAGUUCUAGCGGCGCACUCCGCCGUUAACCUCCUGCUAAAGCUCAAGUGGUUCUACUACUCGUGCCGCUACGUCUACUUACUGCUACGCCACAUGUACCGCAUCUACGGCUUGCAGCUGCUGCUCGAGGACACGUGGAAGCGCAUACGCUUCCCGGACAUACUGCGCGUGUUCUGGCUAACGCGCAUGACCGCGCAGGCCGUAAUCCUAGCGUACGUGGUGCGGGUAGUGCGCUCCGAAAGCGGGCUUCCGCUAGGAUGGGACGUGUUCUGGGAUUUGCUCGGCAACCUCAUCAUCAGCGGCUGCGACUCCACGCUAACCGUGCUUGGUAUGAGCGCCGUCAUCUCCUCGCUCGCGCACUACCUCGGGCUUAGCAUCCUAGCGUUCAUCGGCUCAACCGAGGAGGAGGAUAAGCGGUUAGGCUUCGUAGCGCCUGUGUUGUUCUUCAUCCUCGCACUGCAAACUGGAUUAAGCGGAUUGAUUCCCGAGGAGCGGCUAGUGCGGCUAAGCAGGAACAUGUGCCUCUUGCUAACGGCUAUCCUGCACUUCAUCCACGGCAUGACGGAUCCGGUGCUAAUGUCUCUCAGCGCGUCGCACGUCUCCUCAGUGCGCAGACAUGUUCCCGUCCUGCUAGUGUCGCUAGCUCUGUUCGCGCUGCCCGUGCUGCUCAGCUACGUGCUCUGGCAUCAGUUCGUGCUAAACACGUGGCUGUUCGCCGUCACCGCGUUCUGCGUGGAGCUCUGCCUGAAAGUGCUAGUGUCGCUAACCGUCUACGCGCUCUUCAUGAUCGACGGGUUCUACAACGUGCUCUGGGAGAAGCUGGACGAUUACGUGUACUACGUGCGCUCCACCGGGAACGUGAUCGAGUUCGUGUUCGGCGUGAUCAUGUUCGGGAACGGCGCGUACACUAUGAUGUUCGAGGCGGGUAGCAAGAUCCGCGCGUGCAUGAUGUGUCUCCACGCAUACUUCAACAUAUACCUGCAGGCUAAGAACGGCUGGAAGACGUUCAUCAACCGCCGCACCGCCGUAAAGAAGAUCAACUCGCUGCCGGAGCUCAAAGGCGCGCAGCUACGGGACAUCGAGGACGUCUGCGCGAUAUGCUACCAGGAGUUCGCUACGUCCGCGCGCAUCACGCCGUGCCACCACUACUUCCACGCGCUCUGCCUGCGCAAGUGGCUGUACAUCCAGGACACGUGUCCCAUGUGCCACCAGCGCGUUUACAUCGAGGACGACGGACUCGAGCACGUCGCGUCCUCAAACAACAACGGCUACGCCGCGGCGGCUCCGGAGGCGGAGUUUGAUGAGGAGGGGGGAGGGGCUGAUGUGGGCGUGGCCGAGGGAGGGGCGGAGCCUGCGAACGAGCUCCUCGAGGACAACGACAGCAUCGAGUACGACGAGGACGAGUGGGGAACGCAACCUGGCGCCGCGCUAGUCGAGGACGACUACGCUAACAACGACGACGACACCGACUCCAACUGAUGUUGUGUUUGUGUUGGUAUUAAAGGGCUGAUCAUGUGUUUAUCGCGGAUAAAGAGCGGCGUGCUCCUCGAUAUGAUCACUACUGGUCUCUUGUGUGACCUCUCUUAUAAUUGUGUACAUUCUUGUACAUGUAAUAAAGAUGCUGCAGUUGUGCACUGGAGAAGCUGAAUCAGCUGCUAAUCUCUGAUAGCUCAUCAUGCUAGUCACGCUCCAUCACACCGGAGGGUUGCGACUCCACGUGUUCGCUUUCAGGCUAAACUGUUGAUUUAUUUGCCAAGAGAACUGAUGUAAAUAAAGAAUCAGCUUGAGUUCUUUUGUAAAUAAAAAUUAAUAUGCUGAUAAAUCUAUGUUGAUCUGGAACUUUGCACUUAAUUAUAUAUUUUUGGAAUGUC